AUGUCCAUGGCGUCGGAACACCCCACACUUUACUCGCAGCACCACAAAGUUAUAGACCAGCUCUACACUACCAUCACCACUGUCCCCCAAUCCACACUGGAUCCUGCAGUGAUCAACUACAUCCUCUUCCCCCUCACCACCGUCAUCCGCCAGUCCAACCCUACCACCCUGCCCGACGCAUUCCUCGAAGCCUCCUUCGGGCUUCUAGCGCACCUCGUGGGAGCGUGGAGAAAGACGGAAGCUGGGAUGGAUAUGGCUGGGUGGGAACAGCUUUGGAAGUUUGGAGUGGCUGCUGUGGGGCCGAGGGUGGUGAAGCGGGAGGGGGAGAAGGGGAAAGGGAAGGAAGUGGGACAGGAAGUGCAGGUGCAAGCUAUCAAGCUUCUCUCGGCUCUUUUAUCCCCCUCGGAUUUACCCAAAUAUCCUACGGCAGACAUGCUGGACAAGGUAUCGUCGCCGCAAUCCAUGCUUCCUACUCUCUUCCAGACAAUCACUCUCUUGCUCGAAACCUCCCAACCGUCUCCACCCUACCACGCCCUUCAACUCUCUUCUCUCGUCCUCCUGCGCUCUCUACUUUCCCACUACUUUCCGAACAAUCAUCAAGUUCUCGCAGCCGUCCUUCCGGGCACAGUGAGCGCCAUGGCAAAGAUCAUCAAUGAGGGAGGUAAGGGCCUUAAAGGGGAGGUGGCGAGGGAAUGCGCGAGGAUUGUGGAGGGAGUAGUUUCGGGGACUCUGGCGGAUGAAGAUCUCGUACGGCUCGGUGUAUUGAGGGCAAAAGCCGAGGACCUGAGUGGCCUGGCCGAGCAGUGGGAAGAAGAAUCGACCGUACCAGCUUCGCCCGCAUCAGCACCUUCAACAUCUCCCUCAGCCCGGCCCGACCCAUUCCCGCCUCUUACACCGGCAUAUCUCUCAUUCACUUCCUCCCAGCUAGUCACUGCUAUAUCUCCUAUCCUGUCAAUCUUGAUUCCUCAUCCGUCAGACGACGCGAGACACGGAGCUAUAUCCCUAGCUUCAACGUUGAUCGAGAAAUGUUCAGAGAGCCUGCCUCUCCUGCGGCCGCGGUCUCUGACUACCCUCUUGCUCUUGUCGCAAGAUACAUUCGACCCUGUACGGCAUGAUGCUCGUCGGAGAUUGCGUUCCCUCCUCCCCACAGAAAGCCUGCAACUUUCGCCGGUAUUGCUCGACCUUCUAAACGAAGCCAUCAACGCCAUGCCCCGCUUGGUCUCUUCGCAUCAAGAUAUCAAAGUUGACGAGCUCGCCAGACUCAUCACCGCCAUCGCCGAGUCUUCCUCCCCUCUCGCCUUCUCGUCCAAAGGCAAUGCGAUUGCACAACUCCUCGGUCCUGAUGGGAACGUGGAGAGGUGGGGUUGGUCUUUGUUGAGUUGUUUCGAGUUUGGGAAGCCUGCAGGAUGGGCAGAAGGCAAAGGCGGGCCAGAGAGGACUUCCAGGCUUGGAUGGGAAGGCGGUCUUGGUGGUCAGACCGGGCUGCUACUGGACAACGGUACGGAGAAGGAUCAGACUUCGGAAGAAGCACCCUUGAGCAAAUAUCCAUCUCUCCCUCUUCGGCACGUCGAGUCGGAAGAGACGACACGCAAGCUUCGUGCUAUGCUUUCUGCCCUAGGAUCGACAGGCGGAGAAGCAGCUCUGCAUUCGGUAGAGUAUUUUAUGCUGUUUGCAAAGUCCAAUAAGGGCAGGCAUGUGGCAAAGAGUGUCUCUGCUAUGUGGGUUGCUGAAGCCCUCGUGCAGGGUAUUCAGCAGGCGCAGAUGGAAGGUGUGGAGGGAAAAGUUAGCAGGGGAGUCAGAAAGAUGGCCAAGGAGAUGGCCAAGGUGCUUGUCGCUCUGGACGAAGAUGGCGAGGAGGAAGAAGGGGAAGAUCCGGCAUACGGGAAAGCAGAAGAGACAGGAUUGGUGCCGAUCGAGAGGACGAGUGGCGUCAAUGCGUUAACGACUAUUCUGGAUAAGAAUCCUCUGCCAAACUCGUACACGGCGGAGGAGACGAGAAAGCUGCAAGUGCAGGCGCAAAAGACGCUGCUCACGGCGCUUUCGCUGCAAGGGUUCUCGGUCUCUGCUGGAAUACUGUCUUCGUCGUUCCGCCCUCUCCUUCUUACGACACUCUACAUCGUAUUGUCGCAUCUCGCCUCGCCACAGCCUAUCGUACAGAGCUACGCAUCCACAACCUUGACCCACAUUGCCCACUACACCAAUUACUCUUCCCCUUCCGACCUCAUCCUCGACAACGUCGACUAUGUAAUCAACGUCGUCACACAACGCCUCACAUACAAGCGACUUUCACCAUCCGCGCCUCUCGUGCUGAUAGCCAUGAUCCGUCUGGUCGGCGCACCGAUCGUGCCGCUCGUCCAAGACGUUGUGGAUGAGGUAUUUGAUGCUUUGGACGAGUAUCAUGGGUAUGAGACAAUGACCAGCGGGCUGUUAGCUGUACUUGUGGUGCUGGUGGAAGUCAUGGGCAGGGAGGUGCAGGCGGAGGGUGUGUCUGAAGAGCGGAAGAAGAAGGUGGAAGAGUUAAAGAGAAUAGAAAAGGCGCCAAAUGUCGAAGAAGACUUGAGGCAGUUUGGAAAGUGGUGGGAUGGGAGACAAGAGCUGCGUGCGCAAGAAGUAGAAGAGCUCUUGGAGCGAGCACCUCAGCAUGCUUGGGGGAAGAAGGAUAUCCCAGGUAUGGAGGAAGAACCCGGGGCCGACCAAGAUACUCCCAUGCCCGACGCCGAAGAGGCCCCGCCUACCAGGACUCAACAGGUAGCCACCCGCAUUCUGUCCAAGUCCCUCCACUUCCUUACACAUCGCUCUCCCUUCCUCCGAUCCAAAGUACUCUCUCUCGUGGCCAACGCCAUCCCCGUCCUCGCUCUCGGCAAUCGCGAGUCGGACCUGCUGCCUUUGAUUCACGAUUCAUGGGGUACGAUCUUGAAUCGAUUGGACGAUGGGGAGGCAUAUGUGGUGGUGGAAGCUGCUAGUGUGAUUGCUGCGUUGUGCGAGCACGCGGGAGACUUUAUGAGCAAGAAGGUGCUGGACCAUGCGUGGCCGAGGCUGCUCAAGGUGAUGGAUAGCCGCAAAGAGCUCGACAAGAAAUCUGCGCUGGCGAAGCGAGGUGUAGUGGGGACGGAAAGUUCGCAUACUGUCUCACACCGUCUGCACCUUGCAAUCCUUCGAGUGGCUACCUUCAUUGCCCGUGAAGUGCCUGUGAACGAAGGGGUGCUGUGGGAGAUGAUGGUCAAGUCUAGAGUAUUUAUCGAUGGGAGGGUGAAUGAGGAACUGCAGGUGAAGGGGAUGGGAUUGUUUGAAGAGCUCAGAGAGAGAGAUGGGGAUGCCCUUUGGGUCGUGCUUAAGGCUACUAUGGGCGAGGACGAGUCGGGGACGUGGAGGUAUCUGAAGGAUGGGCUCGAUAUCGAAGGCAACGGGAGGAAGCUGCUGGAAGCAUUAUAA